CCCGUGCGCGGGUGUACAACGAAACCCUUUCAUCCACGUACAUUUUCUCCAGUUUUCCCGCGUGCCUCUUCGCUCGUCCGCGACGAGUGCUUAUCAGGUGCACGCACGAAUAAUUCCGAAGGACCCAAUAAUAAUCGAUCGCGACACCGAGACGUCGUUGGUGGCGAUACGGAACGAUCGAAAUCGGGAUAAUUGCACGGUCGGAUCAAAUUUAGCAGUGCGAGUGAACGUUUACGUAGCGGAACGAGCUUGAGUAGUAGAACGAAUUACUUUCAGCAGGAGCAGAGCGAGGUGAGUCACUACCUGGCCGACUACGGCACGGUGCGGCGAGCUGGUCCGCCUGGCGUGUCCGCGUCCCUUUGCGCGUGUACCUUGCGCGAGUUCACGGCGAUCGAGCUCCGAAACCAGUCGAGGAAGAGAGAGAGGGUCCUGUCCUGUCGACGACCGCGAAUUCGGGAACAAAGGAACGAUCAUCGGCGAGGGUAGGAGGUCACAUUCGUUCGAUCGACUCCAUUUGCGACGAGAGCCCGGCGGUUCCACAAUGUCAAGCGUAACCACUGACGUCAUAAUUUGUUUAAGGACAGCCGACGGAAAGUAGUGUGACACAUGUAGUGAAGGUUGCGUCGCGUCGAUAUCCGUACACGCCAGGUCGUACAAUUUUAAUAUCAGUAAAGCGUUUAAUUUCACGGAACAGCCGAGAAAGAAAUUCGACUGAUAACCGAGUGUAAUUUGUGUGUAUAGACAGUGAUCGCUUGUUUACGAGUUUCUGGUGAAUAGUGAAACAAUAUCAGCAUGUGUGCCUGACGAUCAAAGGGAUUUUAUACUAAGUUGUGUUCACCGUUUCGAAGAUUGCAUUGUUGUUAAUUCCUAACGAAGAGCUAAGAAUCGUUACUGGCUGUAUGUUCGCGCGUGGUAACCAGGAAACGGAGCAGAACAUCGGAAUUAAGCCUGUAACUGUUCACCCCCGUUUCCUAAACGCAGGAGAUGUUACAUCGAAGAUCUAUCGAUCAAUCGAUUAUCCAUGCCGAAGUGAGUUUUUGCUCGGUGAUCGCGUGUGCGCGUUCAAUCGGACAUUGAAUACGAUCCAUGAAAGCGUUUGAAAGUAGUCGACGAUUAUGCCGGUGAACGUGACCACAGCUGAUCGUUUCCGGCGGUGAGAGACUUCGGUGAUCGACGAGGAAACCUGUUUCGGUUCCGAUGUUACGUGCGCGAGCCCGGACGAGGGGAAAAAGUGAACUUACACGCGCGGCUUUUAUUAUCGCGUCGCGUAAUUCAUCUACAACGUUUCGAAGGUAUUCGUUAUGACUCAGUCAAGGAUUAUCGUUACGUUAUUGAACUGUUUUUGUUUAAUCAACGUGCUUGAAAAUCGUCUAAUCGGAUUUUCAUAAUUAGCGUGGACGAUCACAAAAUAUGUGACAAGAGCUUAAAAAGAUUUCGCCAAUUCAAGUAAUAAAUCAUCGAUUUUUGCGGAAACCGGGUAUCGAACAGGCUUACUAAACUGUUUCUAAAUCGGAAUCACCACGCAUAAUCAAUGUACUUAAUUCUUAACCACGGUCAGCCUCGACACGUGUAUCGGUUCGUUCGCGGUUUUUAAUCCACGCUACGUCUUCCUUCGGAUCGAUCGCAUCGACUAGACUAGCGCGUACGUAUACCCGCAUUCUGAACGUUACAAAUGGUUCUGACGCGUGGGCGGUUCGUCACCUGGUCCCGCGUGUGUCAUUAUCACGAACGACAAUAAAGGUUCACGCGUUGCCAGACCGCGGAACACUCCGUUGACGAUCGGCAAGCGUGAAACGACACGAUGUUACCGAAGAAGGAGGUCCAGCACGAGCCGUACUCUCUGGAGGACAUGAUUUCCGAUCUCCAGGCCCGAAGGAACUCCCUAGAUCAGGAGGACCUCGAGGACCCGGUCGAGCUUUUGAAGAAACGAGACAGAGAUCUCGUCUUGGCCGCGGAAUUAGGCAAAGCGCUUCUUGAGAGGAAUCAAGAAUUGACCAGGCAAAUCGAGGGUCUCGCUGAAGAGUACUCGACCAAGUUGGAAGGUCUGGAACAAGAGAGGCACCUGCUGCGGCGACGGCUGGAGGAAGCCCGAGGCGAGAGCGAGGCGAGAACUUUAGAGUUGCAGGCGGACGUCGAGACGCUCAAGAGUCAGUUGGCGGAGCAGAAUGAACGAGCGAGACGAGCGGAACGCGAUCAGGCGACGCUGGUCGCCGAGCUCACAGCUCAAAACACGAGGCUCGCCGAUCAGCUGAGGGAGGCCGCCAAACAGGAAGAGCAACUCCUCAUCGAGGUCAAGGUGCUCAGGGAAAAGUGCGCCCUCAGGAGUACCACGCUCCAGGACCACGUCAGCAGUCUUGAAGUUCUCAGGGACGAGGUGCAGCUGGUGUCCGCGCAAAGAUCGGAUUUGGAGAGGAGGUCCUUGGAAUUGCGACAGGAGAGGGCGAGGGCGAUGGCAGCUCUUGAAGAAGCCGAGGAUCGAGCUGCGGCCUUGGAAAGGCUUAGCCACGAGGCGGAGCACAGGGCAAAGCUCGCCGAACACGAAAGGGACGAGCUGGCUGCGACGCUGGCGGCCAUCGAGGCAGGAAGGAAAGGUAGAUCCGGCUCGACACAAUCCGGCUCGAUGCAGAAGCCGCCGAGGUCUUUGCAAGCAGAAAUGGAAUGCGAGGAGAACGGAAGCUCGUUGGGCGACCAACAAGAGGACCUGCGUGCCGAGGUGGCCACGGCGAUGAAGCGACUGAAGGAACUCUGCGUUCAUUUAAGACGGGGAGAGGACGACUCCGGUUUGCAGAGCGACUGCGACGAGUCCAUGCUCGUGAUCGUGAACAACACCGCGGAAACGGAGCAGGCGAACGCCAACGGGCAGGAAACUCUCCCUAGCACGACGAAUAAUUGCCCCGGCGCCUUAUUGGAUUUGGUAGAGGAAGCUUUCAAUCUCGCUCUCUCCGGUAGAGGAGCACCCGGCGAAUUGGGUCUUGCCGUGGAGCUUCACAGGGUACGCGAGGAGUUGGAACAGACGAAGGAUCAGUUGAAGCAGACGCAGGACGAGCUGAAGAGACGCGGCGAGGCUCUGCUUGAUAUGACGAGCAAGUUGAGCGUGUGCGAGGCGGAGCUGCGCGGCGUGAAAGAAGAACGCGACAGGGCUCGCGACGACAUGGAGCACUCGCAGUUGACGAAGGACGAAGUCCUGGCGCAAGCGUACAAGGUCAGGGACCAGGCCGUGGCUAGGAAGAACAGGGCGGAGGUCGAGCUCGCGAAGACGAGGAUAGACGUUCUCCAGGCUAACAGCCAGCUGAUGGAGGCUAUUCAACAGAAGAUCGAGCUCAGUCAACAGUUGGACCAGUGGCAGAUGGACGUGCAAUCUCUUUUGGACGAGCACGUGAAAAGCAAAUUGAUGCCUGUCACGAACUCCAUCACCUCCGCGAAUUCGGAGAACUCGGAGAUCGUGGCGCCGGCGAGGAAAAAGAGGAGCACCGGAUCCUCGAGAAAGAUGUUCGGUUUGUUUUGACGAAAAUGACUGUUCGCGUGAGUCACGUUGCGCGAAAUGGUAUUUAAAAUGGACACGCCGGUGAACACGGUGAGAGAAGAAGACUGCGCUCGAAGGGAGGUUCUUUCGCGCACUUUUCCAAGUGGCAGCUACGAAUCGGGGGCCAUUCGACCGUUCGUGAAACCGAGCGGCGAACCCGCCGUAGAAAACACUCUGAGCGAAUUUUUUACACGAUCGACAAGUUGUACGUCGAGUCUUUCUCUACUCGAGAAAUCUCGUUACGCGAUAGCUAAUUUACGACGCUUUGUUUUACGAUGUUGCUUCGUUUAUGGGACUUUUAUCUUCCUCAGCCAGUUAGAUUUCCUUUAACUGUCCUAUAAAUGAUACUGUCGAGUAUCGUAGCAUACAAAUUCAGAGCAAUGAAAGAAAGUAUCCUGUUUUGUCGAACGAGGAAUCAUGGAGAACGUCAAGGAGUAAUCCGAUUGCUGACAAUGAUUUUACGGUGAAACGUGAACGUGUCUGUCCCCUUUCCGCGCACGAUUUCAGAAUGUCUCGUCAUUCCGGUAAUCGCGGAACGCCUGGUUACCGCGGCGAAGACCGAUCUCUAGUGGUAUCUUCUCAAGAUCUCCAGACUCGCGGGCACAGACUCGUCAUUAUUCAGAAAGCAAUGAGUUUAAGUGAAACUACGGCUGACUUCCUCGUUCUCAAUUUUUUUCAUUGGACAUCGCGGUCUAAAAAAAGAGAUAUUCCAGUUCGGUGUAAAUAAAAGGUGGCAUUUGUGAUAGACUCGCGUGUAUUACGAUAGGUUUUAUGACAAAGGAAUUUCUUAUCGUUAAUUGCGAUACGCAUGUAUAUAUAUUUUAUCGCUGUUACGAUAAAUUUUUUAUGAUCGAAUUUUAUAUAAGUCGGCGUUAUCGUUGUUGCUAGAAAGAUUAUUGAUUAAUGAGCAAAACUUUAAUGGUUUGUAUUUCUGUAUUUCUUUUGUUCUAAACGUCUAUCCAUCCGUCCGUCCGAGUGGACCAGAAAAUUAUAGUAAUACAGCCAUAGAAGGGAAAAGUUUCGGUUAUCAGCUGGCGUGGAGAAAAUCGAAAGCGAGCCAGCUGUGAGCCCUAAGCCUUUUCAACGACGAGUGUGCAAUACGAAUUGUGGUAGAGAAAUUUGUCGCGUUCAACCGCGACGAUGUUCCUCGACAUUGUUUAUGCCCGUUCCAGGUCGAACGGUUAGCUUUAAUUAACGAUCGACGUUAAGGAGUGACAACGAAGCGGUUGCACUGCGGAUCACUCGACUUAACACGAACGCACGCAAUAGCCUUAAUUGUAAAUUAGGAGUGCGACGAACCGUUUAAUUAGGUGGUUCGUUACGAUUGUACAGUAGCUGUACGAUUCCUUCUGAUCUGAACGAUUGUGACGACGUAUUUAUUUAAUAAAAGUCUGUUUUGAAAAGAAACAAA